AUGGCUCGCCACGGGGAUACUCGCUCACCAUCACCUGUAGGCAGCACAUAUUCUUCAUCCAGACGAAGCCGCAAAGAUGAUCGCCAUGAGAGGAGCAGGCGAGAUGACGCUAGGAGUUACCGAAGAUCUCGUAGUCCUGAGAGACGAUAUCGUGAACGUGAACGCGAACGCGACCGUGAUUCAUAUCGGAGACGUGACCGCUCGGUAGAUAGACGCGAUGAUUAUCGUGACGAAGACAAUUACCGGCCCAGCCGUAGGGAUCGUUCUCGUGACCGUCGUCGAUCGAGAGACAGAGAUGAUGAUAGGGACUAUCGUCGUAGAAGCCGCGAGAGGGAUUACCGAAGCAGGCGAGAGGACUCCCGCGAACGGGCUCGGAGACGGUUAGACGAUUCUGCUGACUUGAAGCACAAGUCUAGACGGGAUGAUAGCCGGGACCUGGGGAAGGACUUGCUCCAGCGGUCUAGAGAGACGUCAAAACUGUCAACACCCACGACCCCCGCUGGCCCCACCGACGACGAAAAGCGGGCUGAAAGGCUGGCGAAGCUGGAAGCGUGGAAACAAAAACAGGCAGCAGAAAAAGAGCGAAAACAGAGAGAAGCCGCUGCCGCCGGUGGGGCAAGGAGCAUCCUGGAAGAAAUUGAUAGAAAGUCGGGUUUAUCGCCGGCUAUCAGUUCUCCUCAAUCUCCUGCCACUCCAGGUGCAGAUACAGCUCCAGCUACCUAUGGCGGCAAGUUUGACCCGAAGGCCAUCGCAAAGAGCGCAGCUCCAUCUCAAACUUCACCAUCUGUAUUGGGGAAUGAUGUUCCUGUUCCGUUACCGGCUAAGACAUCCACUUCUACCACUACUAAGGUGCAAGCUAACAAGCCUGCUGCUACUACAAGUGCAUCUUCAUCAACCUUGAAAACGAAGGGCAAUGUAGGUGGAUUUGGUUUGGGUAGCAAGCAAGCCACGGAUAAUGAAAAAUCUUCCGCUACCAAGACUCUGGGGUUUGGCGAAGAGGAGUCGACUAGGAGAAAAUUGGAGAGAUUGCCGACCCCUCCAUUGGAUGAUGCCAAAGAAGCUAAUAGACCGGCCGAAUUGGCUGCAGAAGAUGACGAUGAUGUCGACAUGCAAGACGGUGGGACCGAGGAGGAAAACGCUGCUGCGGCACGGGCAGCGGCAGAAAGACGAGAGGAGCGUUUGCAAAACGAAGCUCGUAUGACUGAAACGAAAACGAAUGACGAGCAACAGGCAAAUGGCGACACCCAACCUAAUGAUGGGUUACCAAAGCAGCCUGAUUCCGUCGAGAUGGAGGUUGACGUACAGGAGGAAGAGGAGAUUGACCCUCUGGAUGCUUUCAUGUCGGAGCUGGCCGAAACUGCUCCUCCAAAGAAGAUGGCGGGUGCCAAAUUCUCUAAAACAAAGGAACAGCAGCCCGAAGCUAUCUUUGGUGAUGAGCAUGAGGUAGACAUGACUGCCGUCGGGGAUGGCGAUGCAGACGACUUUCUUGCCAUAGCCAAUAAGGCAAAAAAGAAGAAGGAUAUCCCUGCCGUCGACCACGCGAAGGCCGAGUAUGAACCAUUCCGAAAGGAAUUUUACACCGAACCCAGUGAUUUGGCGCAAAUGUCCGAGGAAGAGGUUGCCAAUUUGCGACUAGAGUUUGAUGGGAUCAAGGUCCGGGGAGUGGAAGUUCCGAAACCGGUGCAGAAGUGGUCCCAAUGUGGCUUGGGAGUGCAGACCUUGGAUGUGAUUGAUAGGCUAGGGUAUGAAAGUCCUACUUCAAUCCAAGGACAGGCUAUACCGGCGAUCAUGUCUGGUCGUGAUGUGAUCGGUGUGGCUAAGACAGGGUCCGGUAAAACAGUUGCUUUCUUGAUUCCUAUGUUCCGGCACAUCAAAGAUCAAAGACCGCUAGAAAAUAUGGAAGGGCCUGUUGGGCUGAUCAUGACGCCAACCCGUGAACUGGCUACUCAGAUCCACAAGGAUUGCAAGCCGUUUCUGAAAGCCUUGAACCUCCGAGCCGUUUGCGCCUAUGGAGGAGCGCCUAUUAAGGAUCAAAUCGCGGAACUCAAGCGCGGUGCUGAGAUAAUCGUUUGUACUCCUGGGCGAAUGAUUGACCUACUUGCAGCCAAUGCGGGCCGAGUAACAAACCUACGUAGAGUCACAUAUGUCGUCCUGGAUGAAGCUGACCGCAUGUUUGACAUGGGGUUUGAACCCCAAGUCAUGAAGAUCAUGGCCAAUGUGCGACCUGAUCGCCAGACUGUGCUCUUUUCUGCCACUUUCCCCCGAAACAUGGAAGCUCUUGCUCGCAAAACAUUAUCCAAACCCGUCGAGAUCGUCGUUGGUGGCAAGAGUGUCGUCGCGCCGGAAAUCACGCAGAUUGUGGAGGUCCGAAAUGACGACAAAAAGUUUGUGCGGCUCCUCGAGCUGCUGGGUAACCUGUACUCCAGUGAAGAGAAUGAAGAUGCCCGUGCAUUGAUCUUCGUUGAUCGUCAAGAGGCCGCAGACACCCUUCUUCGCGAGCUGAUGCGCAAAGGCUAUCCUUGCAUGUCAAUUCAUGGGGGCAAAGAUCAAAUUGACCGCGAUUCUACGAUCGAGGAUUUCAAGGCGGGCAUCUUUCCCGUCCUCAUUGCCACCUCAGUUGCAGCGCGUGGUUUGGAUGUGAAGCAACUAAAGCUUGUUGUGAAUUUUGACGCACCUAACCACCUUGAAGAUUAUGUCCAUCGUGCAGGCCGAACUGGGCGGGCUGGAAAUACCGGAACAGCAGUAACCUUCUUAACGGAAGACCAAGAGCGGUACUCGGUUGAUAUUGCCAAAGCACUUAAACAAAGUGGACAGCAAGUGCCGGAACCCGUGCAGAAGCUGGUUGACUCAUUCUUGGAGAAGGUGCGUGCAGGAAAGGAGAAGGCUGGUGCUUCUGGAUUUGGUGGAAAAGGUCUGGAACGGUUGGAUCAGGAACGAGACGCCGCCCGGAUGCGGGAACGUCGUACUUACAAGACUGGCGAAGAGGGAGAGGAGGAAGAAGAGAAGGAUGAGAAAAAGAAUGAGCAGGCCGAAGAGCAAUUCAACAAGGUGCUAUCUGGGACUCAGUUCGCCUCUGCUACCCCGACCCCUGGUGUUCCUAAGGGUAUUGAUCUCGAUGGUAAGAUCACUGUGCAUAAGACUGAGAGGGAACCUGCUGGUACAACUAAGAACCCACUGGACAAGGUGGGCUCGGCAGUUGCCGACAUUCAUGCACGCCUUAGCCGGGCUGGUGUGAUGAGAUCUGGAGUGCCUAUCGACAACCGCGGCCCUGAUGCAGGAGCUUUCCAUGCGACGCUUGAGAUUAACGACUUUCCUCAGAAGGCUCGGUGGGCUGUUACCAACCGUACCAACGUGGCCAAGAUUCUCGAGGCUACUGGCACGUCGAUUACGACCAAGGGAAGUUUCUAUGCGACUGGCAAGGAGCCAGGUCCUGGCGAGAAUCCCAAGCUGUAUAUUCUUGUUGAAGGCGAGACGGAGCUGUCGGUUACAAAUGCCAUGCGUGAACUCAUGCGCUUGCUGAAAGAGGGAACCAUCGCUGCCGUGGAUAGUGACGCGCGGGCACCCGUGGGAGGACGGUAUAACGUGGUGUAA